UUCAGAACAAAACUACCUUCACUAAGAUCAGAUGAGGUCGCUGAGGCCGAACUCAUCUUUUCGCGCUAUCCAAAAUGUCAAUCCCACAACAUUAUUGUCCAUGGAACAGAUCGCUGGUUUAAAGAAGGGCGAUAAUUCUGAUGAACAUUGACGCAAUACGUAACACAUCGAGGAAAGAGCCGAAAGGUUCCACUGCUUCUGGGACUGCAUGAGUAUUACAAACGGCAGAAUCCAUGGUUAUUGCCCCUGAUGCCAUCUCUACUAGUUCUUUCAAAUUUUCCAUUUUGUCGUCUCCGCCAACCUCUCGAAUUCGCUACCGCUUUCCUUCCAUCCGAUGGUUGAAUCCCAGACGGCAUUGUGUCUCACGCAAGCACGCAUUACUUGUCAGGUUUGAGAAUUUUAGUUCCAGAUGUUCAAUCACGGAUACGGAUAUAUGUUUAGACCCUAUUUCAACUGACGAGAUUCAAGGAGAAUGCUCAACGGUCGAAACUGAUCGUCUAGUGCCAAUCGUUCAGCUUAAAUCAGAUAUUCUCCCAACCGAAUCUCUGAACCUAUUGACUGAGGGCACAUAUGCGGAUAGUCUCUUGACAGCAUUACCUGUUUUGUCAGAAGAGGAACAACAAACCCUUGCAGCCACUCCUGCCCACCCAUCCGGAUUAUAUGCUUUCUAUUGUAGCUGCAUAGCCAGAAAUUUAGUGGAACAACUAUGGAAUUUUGCUUGGCCCUCGACCAUUGCAUUGAUCCAUCCAAGCCUUUUGCCUGUUGUGGUCAUGGGUUUCUUUACCAAACUUGCUACAAUUGUUGGAGGUCCAAUGGUUGGCAGCGUUAUGGAUCAUGUGCCCAGAGUACAAGCAAAUAAUUUAUUGAAUAUUGUGCAGGCAUCUGCUCAGUUGCUAUCCGCAAUUAUGAUCAUUCAUGCCCAUUAUAUUCGUCCUUCUUCAGUGUCAUCCCUGCUUUUACAUCCAUGGUUUAUCACACUAAUGUCAGCAGGGGCUAUUGAGAGGCUAUGUGGGGUAGCUUUAGGGGUUGCAAAUGAGCGAGACUGGGUGGUGCUGCUAGCAGGAGUGAAUAGGCCAAUCGCACUUGCUCAGGCAAAUGCUGUUCUGAAUCAAAUCGAUCUCUUGUGUGAGAUAGUUGGGGCAUCGCUGUUUGGAGUCCUUCUUUCUAUAUUUGAUCCAGUGACCUGUUUGAAAAUUGCUGCUGGCUUAAUGAUGGGACUGUUGCCUGUUACCAUUGCUCUUGCGCGAUUGGCCAACAAGCUUUCGACGAGUGUUCUUGACCGGCCUAGAUCUUCACAAACCUGUUACAAAACAUCCACUGAAGAACCUGAGCCACGUCACGAAAACAUAGUGGCUAAAGGGGUAGAAGCAAUCAAGCUAGGUUGGAAGGAGUAUCUGGAGCAGCCAGUUCUUCCAGCAAGUCUUACUUGUGUGCUCCUUUACUUCAAUGUUGGGCUUACUCCUGGCAAUCUGAUGACAGCAUUUUUAACACAGCGCGGCCUACACCCAUCCAUCAUUGGAGGAUUUAGUGGAUUAUGUGCUUUGAUGGGUGUUGCUGCUACAUUUGUUGCUUCAACACUGGUCAAGCGAUUUGGUCUUUCGAAGGCUGGAGCAAUUGGAUUAGUGUUGCAGGCUUUGCUUCUUAGCAUGGCUGUUGGUGUAUAUUGGACUGGAGCAGUUUCUCGACAGACCCCGCUUAUUUCCUUCUUGUGUCUGAUUAUAUUGUCAAGGUUUGGAAAUAUGUCAUAUGAAGUUGUGGGGAUGCAGAUUCUUCAAACGGGGAACCCCUCCUCCAAAGCAAAUCUCAUUGGGACAACAGAGGUUGCUGUUGCUAGUUUUGCAGAGUGCGCAAUGCUGGGAGUUGCAAUGAUUGCAAAUGAUGUUUCACAUUUUGGAAUUCUGGCAGUGUUGUCUCUUGCAUCAGUGGUUGCUGCGGCUUGGAUAUUUUGCAGAUGGUUGCUGAAUGGAACUGAUGACCGGAAAAGCCUUUUCUCCUGUGAUCCUCACUUAUGAUUUUUAUGGAGUUGUUCCGUUCGACAAGAACGCGAGCCAGAAUACAUAUUUGAAUUUAUUUGAUAUUGCUGGACGAGGAGGGCUGGUGAAACUUUUUCUCCUCACCAGGUUAUUACAAAUUAAUAGAUAGGCAUUGCUCGUGUGAAAAAUUAGAAUAGGUCCAACGUAUGUUUUUCCUUAUACGCAUCGUGAUUAUAGUGCACGAGGCUAAUAAUCAAUCGAAGUCUAAACAAAAUAGAAUGUGUGAAAAUUGACAGGCUUGAUGUGAAAUGAAGACAAAGCGAGUACAUGCACUGGGAUGGUAUCCGUACCCUUCGCACUGGGUCUCGCUGGUCUUGGCCUUCAACAGACUGCACCCCUUAUUUUAACAAGUAUCACACGCGCAUUUCUUCUCUCCCCGUCCAUAUAAGCAUCUUUUAAAAAAAAAAAAAAACAAAACAAAUAUUAUUUUUAGAAUAUAAGAUUUUGCUUGUAAUGUAAUCUAUGGUAUAAAUUAGAUUUUUAGAAGCUGACCUUGAACUUAAGUGAUGUGGGCCAAAAAGCUGCUAAUCAAUGACAUUUGUUUAUUU